CACAUUUAGCGCUUUGCCAUUUAUUAAUUUCAAUGGCAAGUACUCUGGCCAAUGAAACGAAUAAAUGUCCAGGUGCUAAACGCUAAAGGAAGCAGGGGCGGACUGACAACUAAUGGGGCCCCGGGUAAUAGGGGAUCAUGGGGCCCCUGUGUCCUUGCCCAAACUCAAAAAAGCCUAUGAAAAAGCUACCAGGGGCAUCUCAUGGGGCCCCCUACUGACCCCGGGCCCUCGGGCAGUGCCCGAGUUUCCAAAUGGUCAGUCCGCCCCU